AUGAGCCAUCUAUCGGAGCGGCAAAAGGAUGAACUAAAUCGAGCGAUCGCAGAAUAUCUACAAAUUCAUGGGUAUACAGAAUCAUUUGAAGUUUUCCAAAAGGAAGCUAGCUUGAGUGAAAAUGACGUCACUAUACGAGGAGGAGUAUUGGAGAAAAAAUGGUCCACCGUGUUACGAUUGCAGAAAAAAGUUAAUGAUUUGGAAGCAAAAUUGCAGGAGAUGCAAAAAGAGAUUAAUCACGGAGCUCCUACUAGGGAUAAACGCCAAGCGUCUGAAUGGAUUCCAAGACCUCCUGAAGUUCAAAAGCUCAUAGGACAUCGUUUACCAAUCACGCGCGUGAUCUUCCAUCCACUUUGGACGGUAAUGGCAAGUUCUUCAGAAGACGCCACAAUCAAAGUAUGGGACUACGAAAGCGGGCAAUUGGAACGAACUUUAAAAGGACAUACAGAUUCAGUUAAUGAUAUCGCUUUCGAUGCAGCCGGAAAAAAUCUGGUGUCCUGUUCUUCCGAUCUGUCCAUCAAACUCUGGGACUUUGGACAGUCUUAUGAUUGUUUAAAAUCCUUGAAAGGACAUGAACAUACUGUAUCAUCAGUAGCAUUUUUACCCACUGGCGAUUUUGUUUUGUCAGCCAGUAGAGAUCACACCAUCAAACAGUGGGAUAUCUCAACGGGAUAUUGCGUAUUCACUUUCCGCGGGCAUAACGAUUGGGUUCGCAUGAUACGAAUUUCACAUGAUGGUUUAUUGUUCGCAUCUGCUAGCAACGACCAAACUGUGACCGUUUGGGCGUUUGCCACAAAAUCAGCGAAAUUAGUUCUUCGCGAUCACGAACAUGCCGUAGAGUGUGUCGAAUGGGCUCCAGAAUCGGCAUAUGCCACAAUUACUGGGCAGCAACCCGAGGGAAAUACUACACAUAUUUUGUUUAGUGGAUCUCGAGAUAAAUCGAUUAAAGCAUGGAAUACAAACACUGGAGAUGUGAUUUUCACUCUUAAUGCACAUGAUAACUGGGUCAGAGGGUUAGCUUUCCAUCCAAUGGGACAGUUUCUUGUUUCCGUUGCGGACGAUAAAACGAUGAGAGUAUGGGAAUUGGGGCAUCAAAGGUGCAUGAAGUCAAUCGAUGCUCAUGACCAUUUCGUGUCUACCGUUGCAUUCCAUAAAUCUUCUCCAUUCGUUAUUACUGGAAGCGUUGAUUUGUCGGUCAAAGUUUGGGAAUGUCGUUAG